GACGCGACCGAGUUCCGGCCGCGGCGGGCGCCGCCGCCAUCUGUCAUCUCCAGCUCCGGCUCCGGCCGCCCUCGCCCGGGUCCCGGCGGCCGCUUCUCCGCGGAGACCACUUCCCCGCACUGCCGCUUCUCGGCUCUCUUCUCGGCGCCGGCUUCUAAGCAUGGACCUGGUCGGAGUGGCCUCGCCCGAGCCCGGGCCAGCAGCGUCCUGGGGACCCAGCAAGUGUCCAUGGGCUACCUCUCAAAAUACAAUAUCUUGUUCUUUGGCUGAUGUAAUGAGUGAACAACUGGCAAAAGAGUUGCAAUUAGAAGAAGAAACCGCUGCUUUUCCUGAAGUUGCUGUUGCUGAAGGACCAUUUAUUACUGGAGAAAACAUUGACACUUCCAGCGACCUAAUGCUGGCUCAGAUGCUACAGAUGGAGUUUGACAGAGAAUAUGAUGCACAGCUUAGGCGUGAAGAAAAAAAAUUCAAUGGAGAUAGCAAAGUAUCGAUUUCCUUUGAAAAUUAUCGGAAAGUGCAUCCUUAUGAAGACAGUGAUAGCUCUGAAGAUGAGGUUGACUGGCAGGAUACGCGUGACGAUCCCUACAGACCAGCUAAACCAGUUCCUACGCCCAAAAAGGGUUUUAUUGGAAAAGGAAAAGACAUCACCACAAAACAUGAUGAAGUAGUCUGUGGAAGAAAGAAUACAGCCAGAAUGGAAAAUUUUGCACCUGGGUUUCAGGUAGGAGAUGGAAUUGGAAUGGAUUUAAAGCUAUCAAACCACGUUUUCAAUGCUUUGAAACAACAUGCCUACUCAGAAGAACGCCGAAGUGCUCGCCUCCAUGAGAAAAAGGAACAUUCUACUGCUGAAAAAGCAGUUGAUCCUAAGACACGUUUACUUAUGUAUAAAAUGAUCAACUCUGGAAUGUUGGAGACAAUCACUGGCUGUAUUAGUACAGGAAAGGAAUCUGUUGUCUUUCAUGCAUAUGGAGGGAGCAUGGAGGAUAACGAGGAAGAUAGUAAAGUAAUACCUGUAGAGUGUGCCAUCAAAGUAUUUAAGACGACCCUUAAUGAAUUUAAGAAUCGUGACAAAUACAUUAAGGAUGAUUUCAGGUUUAAAGAUCGCUUCAGUAAACUGAAUCCACGUAAGAUCAUCCGCAUGUGGGCAGAAAAAGAAAUGCACAAUCUCACCAGAAUGCAGAGAGCUGGAAUUCCUUGUCCAACAGUGGUAUUGCUCAAGAAACACAUUCUAGUUAUGUCUUUUAUUGGCCAUGAUCAAGUUCCAGCCCCUAAAUUAAAAGAAGUAAAGCUCAGUAGUGAAGAAAUGAAAGAUGCCUACUAUCAGACUCUUCAUCUGAUGCAGCAGUUAUAUAAGGAGUGUACACUUGUACAUGCUGACCUCAGUGAGUAUAACAUGCUGUGGCAUGCUGGGAAGGUCUGGUUGAUCGAUGUCAGUCAGUCUGUAGAACCAACCCAUCCUCAUGGCCUGGAGUUCUUGUUCCGUGACUGUAGAAAUGUUUCACAGUUUUUCCAGAAAGGAGGAGUAAAGGAAGCCCUGAAUGAACGAGAGCUCUUCAAUGCUGUUUCAGGCCUUCACAUCUCAGCAGAUAAUGAAGCUGAUUUCCUGGCUGAGAUCGAAACUUUGGAGAAAAUGAACGAAGAUCAUGUUCAGAAGAACGGGAGGAAGGCUGCUUCAUUUCUGAGAGAUGAGGGCGGUCCACCAGUGUUGGAAGUUUCUGAAUAGCAAGACCUAUUGCUCUCAAUGUUCAGACAGCGGGGACUGUCGGCUGCCAGUGGCAAAUGAAUUAUGGGGGACUUAAAAUACCAAACAGGAGGAGUGUACAAUGGUGCUUCUGUGCUUUUCCCCCCAGAUAAGCCAGAUGUGUGGGAUUUUUAGCUCAGCAUUGAGAGAAUAAAAUGUCACUACCUCUCAUCUGACCAACAGGAUAAUAUUCUUUAACAAGGACAAGCAUUCUAGCUGAAGUAGAGACGAUUUUAUAGGAUAUAUAGCAUAAUAUCUGCUGGUGGGAAUUUUUGAAACUUAGGCAACCUUUUCAAACCUGGGAGGAAUGGAGAGAUGUGUUUACAAGGGAGGUUUUUAUGACAACCUUCUUGCUAUUUCUCCACCCUGGAUUUGCCUUGCGGUUUCCUCUGAUGCUUUAUUGGCCUAAAGUUAGCCCAUUUCAGUUGUUUUCUAGAUCUUUAUCCAGGCCCCAAUUCUAAAGAAAACUUAGUUCUUUUAGUUGAUAUUGUGAAUGCAAGUAUGGGCUGGAGCUAGAGCACAGGGGUCAGGCACUUGCCUUGCACAUGGGCCAGCUCCAGUUUGAUCCCUGGCACUACAAGGCCCCCGGAGCACUGCCAGGAGCACUUCCCAAGCACAAAGAUGGGAGUGGCUUGUGAGCACUGCUUGAUAAGGCCACAACUACCACCUCCCACCCUGCAUUUUUAUUUGUUUGUUUAAUUAAAGAGCAAGUGUGGUUUCAGAGUGCCAGCUGGAAGUAGACAUAGCAGAAUACUUUAUUGGCGCACAGUAACUAUGACUGGGUGUUGCUUUUCCAUACUCCUAGCUGAGAAAGGGCAUCAUAGGCUUCUAAAAGAGUAAACAUGUAAGAGCUUCUUAACUAUCGAAAUUUUUACAUUUUAACUUUCAGCUUUUCUACACUUAGGUGAAAUUACUGGGAUGUAACUCAUGGUGAAGUUGUUCUGUUUUACAAUAAAAACGUAAAUUAUCUGGAUGGGCAGAAAAUAAGAUUAACCAUGUAUGACAUUUUUUAAUGAAGUCAGUGAAAUAAAGUUCAGUUUACAUUUUAUUUACACUAUUACAGUCACUGAUUAAGGGAUAGGCAACAAGCGAUUUAGAGAUUUAUGUAAUCAAAUGAUGAAAAGUAUGUUAAAAACAACUCAGGAACCAAAUUGACCAACAGAUUUGAACUGUGUGGCUUUAGUUUGAUCAUUUUAAAUACUGACUACAUGACACAUUUUAAAGGUAGAUUGGAAACAUUCAUUGAUUUUGUACUAACAGAAGCUUAUUAAAUAACAGAAUCUUCCUCAUACUGCAGUCAGAUUGGAACCAGUCAAGACCCAAGCUUUCUGUCUGUAAUAGAAAAUAAAAAUCUAAAUAUCGUUUGCAUUUGAAAGUUUUUCUGUUAGCAUUAUUGUAAAGUACCAAAUAUUUUCUUUCUAAAACAUUUUAACUUUUGUUCCUGUUAUGUAACUUUGUAUUACAGAGGUGUGUGGUUUUGAUUAGCUCCUCAUUACAUAUCUGAAGUGUUUAUGCUCUAAGAUACGGAGAUUUUUACCUUUACAGAAGUUUCAGAGAGAUCGGUUUUUAAAUCAUUAGCCAUUUAAAACGUUUUCUGACAUUGUUUCAUUUUCUGACAUAAUCUUUUUGACAAAGAACAACAAACAAAACCUUACUGUGUGGCAUUCUUGGAGUGUGCUGUGUGUUUUUAAGGCAUUAAAAAUGAAGAGAUCA